GAUGCAUGCUCAAGAAAAAUAUAAUUUCCCUGAAUGUCUUCUCUCUUGUGGAUAUGGAUUUAUUGUCCAUUAUUGUCCAUUCAGACAGGAGGUGGCUAUUUAUAUACGUAUGUGCGCCAGGACUAUAGACCUGAUACUGCCUUGAACGUCCCUCUUGCUGAGUUUUGGGCUGGCAAGAAGACCUUCAUCGCAUUACAGGUGCAGUCCGUUUGAUCCUUGGACGAGGGUGACGAGGUGUCGCCUUGGCAAAGAAAACUGUCAAGCCAUACAUUUAGCAUUACUGAAUUCCUUCUGUAUAUAUUCUGACAGUGUUGUUAUCAGUCAGUUAAAGUGAUGCUUAUGAAGGCCAUGAACAAGGGGGUCUAUUCAAGGAUCCGGUGUGAGUGCUGAAUGUGGUUCAGAGUCCACAAGGACCGUGAGUCAUAAGAGACAGCCAGAAGGGCAUUGAGCAGCCUUAGGGUUGGGUGGAUCUCAUCCCUCCAAAAUUAAGGAUGGUGGCACGGGACAGUCCCAGAGCACGGGGCAAAACAAAAUAAGGUCCUGUGUGCAUGUUUGCGUAUGUUUUUUUUUUUUUUUGCUCGCAAGAUACUCAUAUAUACUCUUGUCUACAGGUGGCGAAGGCCCGCCAUGUUGGUGAAACAUGGCCAGCAUUUUGAAGAAGCAUCGCCCUAGCUUAGUUCCAAACAUCGCGCCCACAGAAGAGGAUUCAUCUCCACCAGCAAGCCUCGACAUCUACCACAGCGCCCUGCCCUUUCUCCAGGAGCUGGAAUGCCGAGAUCCCAUCUCCUUACAAGGCAAAGGGAUGCUGAGAUGGGCUUUUCACAAAAAUCUGGAGAAAGAUCCAUCCAAGGCCACUGAGUUGGCGGACGAACUAGUGCAGGACCUGGAGAAGAUCCAGACGGCGGGCGAAAAGGCCUGCACCAUACCGCUGCUCCUGACGCUCAUCUAUGUCAUUUUUCAGUCGGUGUACCUUCCAGCGGACCUGUGUGAGAGGGCGUACGCAGCCUGCAAAAGCCUCCUGAAGCUACCGAAUCCCUACUGCAGUGUGGGCCUGGCCUGCGUCCGGCACAUACAGACGGAGAGGUCCAAACCCGGUGCUCUGUACCAGAGGACUGUGAUCGCCGAACAGAAUCUGUGGAGUAAAUUCCAGGAAAUGGUGUUCGUGUUCGCCGACGCGGCCGUGUUCUCUGGCCCCCUGGGAAAUGCGGUCCAGAGUCACCUGGAGGCGGCAGGGUUCUGGCAGCCCUCGGUCACGCACAUGCGCGCGGUGCUGCAGCACACCCUGCAGGCCGCGCUGGGCAACUGCUGCCACGGCAACGCGCUGGCCCGCGCUCUGAAGGGCAUGGGCCGCUCCAUUGAGCCCUACUUCCAGGAAGUGGUGCGAAGCGUGGAGCAGAAUGCAGAGGAAGCGAGGGACCGGGACCGGGCCGGGGACCGGGGCGGGGACAAGGCCAGCGGAUACAGAGACAGGCUGCAGCGACUUUACCGCCAGAUCAUGUCUGCCGCACACGAAGGUGCCUGUGCCAACGGUGAGCCGUCUCUGUGUGACACGCCUCUCCCCCCCCCCAACAUUCGGUAUCACCUCUGGCAGAAGGACGACGAGGAGCCCUGGGUGCAGGUGGAGAAGUGGGUCCAGCAGAGGUCAGCGGAGGGGCCCCCGGAGGCGUGCUGGGCCCCCCGAGUCUCCAGGGACAGCGGCAUAGAGAGGGACCUGCUGGAGAACGAGGCCUCGGAAGCGUCGCCGGGGGCGACCAAGGAGGACCAGCAGCAGCAGCAGCAGCAGCAGCAGCAGCAGCAGCAGCAGCAGCAGCAGCAGCAGCAGCAGCAGCAGCAGCAGCAGCAGCAGCAGCAGCAGCAGGGGAGGAGGGAGCCCCAGGCGCACCCCGACGGCAGCGUUGGUGAGCCAAGGCUGGUCCGGAAGCCUCAUACGAGGAAGAGGAAGCCCGCCAGGUCAUCCAGCCUGGCCGACUCCACGAACGGGAGCGCUCUGUGCCAGUACACCGCCUGUGUGGUGGUGAUGGGGGACGACCGGGCCCUGGGGAGGCUGGCUAAGGCCUAUCAUGGCCUCAGGGCAGGCGGGUCCAGAUUUUUUUCUCUCAAUAACAGAGUGAACCUGGAGAUAUAUUACAUUCCAGUCACCGACCAGCAUACCACAACCUCAUCUGCAAUGGAAGGUGCUCCACCGGUGCAGAGCUACCUGGAUCUCGCGUCUCACCUGGGACGGGUUGACCCGUGGUACGAGUGCAACAUCAACAGCCUGGCACAUUGGAUCCCCACGCUGGUGGAAUCAGCAAACGCCAGAAGCUCAUUGGAUCCCAACCCCUUCUUGCUGGAUGUCCUCUCCUACUACAAGCGCACAGCGUGGCAGCCCAUCCACUUCACCAUCUACUCUGUCAAGAUCUCCUCCUCCAACCCGAACAAGAGUCUGGAGCAAGUGUUUCUCUCACACCUGGCAGUCGAGUUCGCGGAAGGUAGAAACGCCAAAGAAUCUGUGAAGAAAGAGGCAAGCCUUCAAAUAUGUGGCCCAGUUGUUUCCAUAACAUAUAAAAAGGUGUCUCUGAGCGGCAGGCAGGUGGACAAGGGGAAGUCCGUCCGAACGACUGAGAUCCUCAUCAGUGCCGUCCCGGCCGAGGACACAAAAGACCCAGACCCUGAUCAGCUUACGCUACGUUUCAAGGAAACUCAAACAAAAACAAGCACGGAGUCUGUGAUCCAGAGCCGCAACAUUAAAAUCAAGACUGUGGAAAACCGAACCUUCACUGUAUGUUUGGACAAAGACUCUCGCAGGACAUAUGAAGAUGUUCGGAGCAUUGAAAUAUCUCCCUGUCGGGAUCCUCGGGGCAUUCUCAACACCCACAUGGCUGAGCCCAGUUUGAGCCUGAGCAAGGAGAAGGGGGCGGAGCCUAGCAAACACAUGACCAACGGCCUGUCUCUGCCAAUCAACAUCUUCUCCGGUAUCAGCCACUGAUCGACGGGCAGUGUGGACAAAUCCACCCGGAGAACAGGACAAUGAUCAAUACGGCAGCCGUGCUGUGCUGAUGCUUCAACGGCUUUUUUAGGCUCAGUAAUGUGAACUGUGAAUUUGAAGAGAGCCUUAAGAGUCCUUCUAUUCAGAAACUAAAACCCAGGAAGUGUUUUAGUUAACUGACCAGCAAUUACCGAAACCAGUCUGUGAAGACAUUUGACUGGUGAUUGCUCUUGAACACGUCCAGCUGAAUUCCACUCCUUAAAAAAAAACAAUUUUUGAGGUCCCUUUGCUUGGAAUCUUCUGUCAUAGUUACUCUACACACCAACUAGACCUUUCCAUUCUGCUACCUCUGGGCGCCUGGCCCCUCCCCUUUAUGUGUGCCAGCACUUCCUGUCUGUUAUCCCCGCCCACCUGUCGAUGCAGACUGAAGAUCCACCUGUAUAGACUGCACCAUGGCUCCCCUGACCCUUCUUUUUAACGCUUUCUUUCUUUCUUGCUUUCG